UUUUAAGGCCCCCGCUGCAACUACGCUCCCAGCAGAGAAUUUGGACGGACAAUUCAUCUUUGCUACCGCUUCCUUUCGCACCUGUUAUCCAUUUGCGUCGAGUAUGUCUUCAACAGCGUUCGAGCAGACAUUUCAGCACGCUGUGCAACCUGGCCCUGAACGGCUUUUGGCCGGGGUAGCGCUUGCUGCGGCGUCUCUCAAGGAAGAUGUACCAGACUACCUUGCAGCAUAUGGCACUCUGAAGACCACGCCUUCACCCGCAGUGACCACCAAGACAGUCAUGUGGCUAGCAUCAUGUUCCAAAUUGGCAACCACUGUCGCAGCGCUACAGUGUGUCGAGCGCGGACUCUUCUCACUGGACUCCACAGCUGAUAUCGAGCGCCUUAUGCCCGAAUGGGCGAGCCUUGAAGUGCUGUCUUUCGACGGAGAUGGCAAGCCCAUCCUGACCCCAACAAAGGAAAAGAUUACCCUGAGACGUCUUCUGAAUCACACGAGUGGCCUCGCCUACGACAUUUUUCCUCCACUACUACAGUGGCGUCAGUCGCGCGGAGAGACGUCACAGUUCAUGCGCUCUCCAAUAACAGAGUGUGCCGUACAGCCCCUCAUUUUCGAGCCUGGCUCAGCAUUCGCGUAUGGUACUGGUCUUGAUGUAGCCGGAUUAAUGGUUGCCCGUGCAAACAACAGCAGCUUCGAGUCGUAUCUGCGGCUAAACAUCUUUGAUGUGCUCGGAAUGCACGAUACUUCGUUCCACAUUUCACACAACGAUAUCGGAGAACGACUAAUGCCUUUGUCAUCCCGACCCUCGCCCGAUGGACCGCUCGAAGAGAUGGAUCCGACAGUGUCAACGAUGAAGCAACCAGUGAAUGCGAAAGAUGACUUCGGCGGGUCGGGGUUGUUCGGUACGGCUGAGGAUUACCUCAAAUUGCUGAAGUCGAUUCUGCGUGACGACGGCAAACUCCUCACGAGUCAGAGCGUUGAUCUCAUGUUUCAGUCCUCAUUGUCGCCGCAAACCAAGGCCUCUUUACACAACAAUCUCUCCAUCCCGGACCUGGCGAAGGUCGUGAUACCAGGUGAGCCUGUGAUUGGCAGUCCGGGGGCUGGCGAUUGGAACCACGGGCUUGGUGGUCUGAUAGGUCUCCACGAAAGCAGCGAUGGGUUUGAGUCGCGAUGGAUGCAGUGGGUGGGAGGCCCGAAUCUAAAGUGGUGGAUUGACAGGAAAGGGGGGACCUGUGGGUUCUAUGCCACGCAGCUGCUACCCCCAGGCGAGAACAAGUCAGUCCACUUACAGAAAAUAUUCCAGAAGGAGGUAAUGAGCAGGCUCAAGUCGUGAGUCCAUCGUUCUUUUUUUCCUCUUGAAUGGACUACCGCAAUCUAGCAAGUAUACUGUGUAAAUACCUUGAAAAUGCUCCACUCUCUUCAAACAUUCACUCCCAACAUCUAACGCUCGACCUUGCGUCAUAUGAAUGAG